UUCACGCACUCAGCACCUGGAAGCGUUGAUCAGACUUUCGACUGGCAAAGACUGUAAAAUGGCGUUAUCAAAUUGUUGCUAUUGACAGUGAUUAUCCGUACUUUGUCUGGUACAGUGAAGGCAGAACACGAUACCUGUUCCUCGUCAGCUGUCUGUCUUCCAUUUUUUUCGCUGGUUGCCUGUGGACUAGGAAUCCAUUAUAACCUCUUGUAAUGCAGAGAAUGAGCCAAGCUUACUAGCAGAAUUAGCCUGCUGCUAAUUGAACAAUCAGCUACCAAUGUGCCCAUAAGGAUACAGCGGUAGAUAGGCAGUUUCUUCGCUUUUUUUGUUAUGAGGAGGAAGUGCAGAACCGAAUCACGAGGACACAAAGUAAUACUUAUUAAAUAGCCUGUCUUGCUAAGAAAUGAGUCACAGUUUUGCUGUAUCAAUGGAGUGCAAACUGGGCUCUCAUGGAUUUGGGACUAAUAACGAAAAAUCAUCUUUAACUGUAACUUCGACGUGAGACUCUGUCAUAGGACCCAUAAAAGUGCCGCUAUGGAUUCCAGCAAAUUUGUCAUUUUUUGGCUAAUGUUCAUAUGCCUGCAGAGGGGAGGUUUAACAGAAAAGCUUAAUCAUGUCAGCCCAGACCCUCAGCAGGUGGACAGUGGUGUGUCUGAACUGUGCCACAUCGACAAUCUUCUGUGCCAAGAUGAAAAUGCCAUACUCAGCUUUGAGGCCAUCCGCAGCAUCCACAAACAGAUGGACGAUGAUGCAAAUGGAAACGUAGACGUGGUGGAAACGGAUGGGUUCCUAAGGGAGGACCUUAACUACCAUGACCCGAAGGCCAAGCAUAACAGUUUCCAUGGUGACGACCAGUUCAUCAGCGUGGAGGAUUUAUGGAAUGCAUGGAAGAGCUCUGAGGUGUAUAACUGGACAGUAGAUGAGGUGGUGGAGUGGCUUAUAACAUAUGUGGAGCUGCCUCAGUAUGUGGACUCCUUCCGCAAGAUGAACUUUAACGGCACAGCCAUGCCCAGGCUGGCUGUGAAGAAUGCCACACUGACAGUGUCAGUUUUAAAGAUUCUUGACCGCAGCCACGUCCAGAAACUGCAGCUGAAGGCUUUGGACACAGUUUUGUUUGGACCCCCAAUGAUGAACAGACACAACCACUUGAAGGAUUUCAUGCUGGUCGUGUCUAUAGUGAUUGGCAUGGGAGGCUGUUGGUUUGCCUACAUACAGAACCGCUAUUCCAAGGACCACAUGAAGAAGAUGAUGAAGGACCUGGAAAGCUUACAGCGUGCGGAACAGAGCCUACAUGACCUCCAGCAGAAGCUGCAGAUAGCCCAGGAGGAGCACCGUACAGUAGAGGUGGAGAAGGUGAAUCUGGAGCAGAAACUACGAGAUGAAAUCAAUGCUGCUAAGCAGGAGGCGCAGAGGCUUAAGGAGCUUCGCGAGGGCACAGAAAAUGAGUUGAGUCGUCAGAAAUACGCAGAAGAGGAGCUAGAACAGGUGCGCAUGGCCCUGAAGAAGGCAGAGAAGGAGCUGGAGUCAAGGAGCAGCUGGUCUCCUCCGGAGGCUCUGCAGAAGUGGCUCCAGCUGACACACGAGGUGGAGGUGCAAUACUACAACAUCAAGAAACAGAAUGCAGAGCGCCAACUGCUAGUGGCCAAAGAGGGGGCAGAGAAAAUUAAGAAGAAGAGGAACACCCUUUUCGGGACUUUCCAUGUGGCACACAGUUCCUCACUGGAUGACGUAGAUCACAAAAUCCUGACAGCUAAACAGGCUCUUGGUGAGGUGACUGCAGCACUGCGGGAACGGCUCCAUCGCUGGCAGCAGAUUGAGAUGUUGACUGGCUUCACCAUUGUCAAUAACCCUGGCCUGCCCUCACUGGCCUCUGCCCUGAAUCUUGACCCCAGCUUUGUUGGUGGUCGCAGCACACCCCAGCACUUUGUCAUGUCUGAUGACGUGGAUGACAUGGAUGAGGACAUGGUAGCACCUGGCACCCUGCAAUCUCCCAGUAUGACGUCCCUGCGUCAACGCCAGAUUGACCAGCAGCUGGCUAUGGGUUCCCAGAGGGACCUCAAUCGCUCAGAUUCCGAUUCUUCCCUAUCUAUCUCCCAAAGCAGUGAGCAGCUUCGCCUUACUUACAGCUCCAAGGGUCUCCCCCUCAAGUCGACUUCUCUUCAUCAUGGCUCUAUAUCCCGCUCUGAUGAGGCCUCCCCACAUACCCACACCCCAAACGGAGGCAGCCGAGUUCAUGACAGCUGCACCCUGCCCGAUGCUGCUCCAGACAGUCCUAUCCUCAUGAAAAAGAUACAUGGCAUCGAAAAGUCAGUAAGCAUGAGUGAGAUCCAUGGCUCCCAGGCGGCCAUGUCCAUGUCAGAGUCAUCACGCUCCCUAAGCCCCAGCUCCACUGAUGCAGACACACCGUCCCCCACGGGACAGCCUGGGCUGGCUAAGGCAGGCAGUCGCGGGCCCCAGCUCUCCUCCAAGAAGAGCCCUUUAGAGGAAGAUAGCGGGUCUACAGGGGAAGACACAGACUCGACCACCACCCGGAAGAAACACACUUUCAAGAUCUUCAAGAAGCAGAAGAAGUAGC